AUGUCUGACAACGAGUAUGAUAUCACGAACGCGCUAGCUCUCGACGCAGGCUCAGAUUCAGACUCUGAUGUUUCCUCGGGCAGAGAAGACGUCGAGGACGAUAUUCAGGACGAAAUCAUCUCGGAUGACGAAGAAAAGUCGUCUUCGUCGCAAAACAAAAAACCCAAGAUUUCCACCAAACCAGAGUCGUUUCCGUCUUUGGAGCUUUCGGACGACGAAGACGAUGAGUCCCGGCCCUCGGAAGUAGCCGAGUACUUCUCGAACAACAAGUUACAGGCGACAAAAGCCAAAGCUGGUUCGUUUGCAUCUUUCGGGCUCUCGAAAUUUCUCCUUAAAAACAUCGCCAAAAAGGGGUUCAAGCAGCCCACGCCUAUUCAGCGUAAGACCAUCCCGCUUGUGAUGGAAAGCAGAGACGUGGUGGGCAUGGCAAGAACCGGAUCGGGAAAAACCGCCGCUUUUGUUCUUCCAGUGGUUGAGAAGCUCAAGAGUCACAGUCCCAAAGUAGGAGUACGGGCGGUUAUAUUGUCGCCGCUGCGUGAGUUGGCGCUCCAGACGUUCAAGCAGGUGAAAGAAUUCACCAAGGGAACCGAUUUGCGGUCGAUUGUGCUCAUUGGAGGAGACUCGCUCGAAGACCAGUUUCUGAGCAUGAUGACCAAUCCCGAUAUUUUGGUAGCUACGCCCGGUAGAUUUCUUCAUUUGAAGGUGGAGAUGAACCUUGAUCUCAAGACAGUGGAAUAUAUUGUUUUUGACGAGGCCGACCGGUUAUUUGAAAUGGGUUUUGCCGAGCAGUUGAAUGAGCUUUUGGUGGCACUUCCUCCGUCUCGGCAAUCGCUUUUGUUUUCCGCCACGCUUCCACGGUCGCUUGUGGAUUUUGCCAAGGCGGGGCUUUCGAACCCAGUUUUGGUUCGACUUGAUGCCGAAACGAAGAUUUCCGACCAGUUGCAAAUGGCAUUUUUCACCACCAAGAGAACAGAAAGAGACGCCAAUCUUUUGUACAUUUUGCUGGAGGUGAUCAAGAUGCCUCUUGCGACCCAGGACCAGAUCAAAAAGUUGAAAGAACUUGAAGAAGGAGCAGAUGAUGACGACAGUGACGAAGAAAAGAAGCCGAAAAAGAAAAAGAGAAAGCUUGAAAAACCAGCGCCUGCAAACAGGCUUCCGUCUGAGCAUUCUACCAUAGUUUUCGUGCCCACAAAACAUCAUGUUGAGUACGUUACUACGCUUCUCAGAGACGCCGGUCACCUUGUGCUGUACAUUUAUGGAACCUUGGACCAGCAUGCGAGAAAGCAGCAACUUUACCAAUUUCGAGCAGCCUAUACCAACAUUUUGGUGGUUACCGAUGUGGCAGCUCGUGGUAUAGAUAUCCCAGUGUUGGCUAAUGUCGUCAACUAUACGCUUCCUGGCUCAUCCAAAAUCUUCAUUCAUCGUGUGGGAAGAACCGCUCGUGCUGGUAAUAAAGGGUGGGCCUACAGCAUCGUCAACGAAAAGGAGCUUCCGUAUCUUCUUGAUCUCGAGCUUUUCUUGGGGAAAAAGGUAUUAUUGACCCAGAUGCACGAGAAAAAGGUGCAAAUAUGCCAUGAAAAAGGUUUGUCGGCUCCCGAAGUUUCGUAUAAAGACAGACUAGUGUUAGGACUGGCGCCCAGAGUGGACAUUGAGUCGUCGCAAGAGUUGUGCGACAAUCUUUUGCGCAACCACUACGAGUUACGAACCAUUCGAGAUGUGGCUAACAAAGGUGAAAUUCUUUAUUAUCGUACAAGACAGCCAGCUUCGCAAGAGUCGGUCAAGAGAGCCAAAGAGAUCAUGGAUACCGGAGCGUGGGACGACCAGCAUCUUCUUUUCGGGGCGAAUUUGGAGAAAGAAAAGGAAAAAUUUCUCGCCAAGCUCGCAGAUAGAAAAGUCAAAGAAACGGUGUUUGAGUUCCGGAACAAGGGCCAGCGGGACGAAGACAGUCUUGUGGAGUUCAUGCACAAGCGCCGGAGGCAGAUAGCUCCUAUUCAACGAAGAGCCAAAGAGCGGAAACAACUUUUGGAAAAAGAGCGAAUGGCCGGUUUGACCCACGGAAUCGAAAAUGAAAUUUUGAAAGGUGACGGAGAGGUUGGAUACGACAAUUACAACGGGGCGGAUUUGGACGAGGUUUUCGAAGACGGUGACGAAGCAUUGAGUAAAAAGAAGAGGAAAACAUACCGAGAUCCACAGUUCUUUCUCAGUCAUUAUGCGCCAGCACUGGUUAUUCAAGACAAACAAUUGGAGCUUUCUUCGUUCAGCAACGAGGCAGCAGCAGCAACCUAUGAUCUCGACAACGACGACAAGACGCAAACCAACAAGCAAAUUAUGCGGUGGGACAAAAAGAAGGGCAAGUAUAUCAAUUCUCAGUCGACGGACAAAAAGUACAUUAUUGGAGAAAGUGGACAAAAGAUUCCUGCCACCUACCGUUCCGGCCGGUACGAGGACUGGAGAAAGCUGCGCAAUGCCCAGCCACUUCGAACCGGAGCAGAAGAAGUCAAAAGUAAUGGAAGAUUUAAACACAAAAAAGUGGCCGCUCCUAAAAUGCCAGACAAGUUCCGAGACGAUUAUCACAAACAAAAGAAGAAGGUGGAGAAGGCUCUUGAUGCUGGAGUGUCUGUGAAGGGCUACAACCGUCCCGGACAGCAACAAGAGUUGCGGAGCACCGAACAGAUUAGAAAAGCUAGAGAGUUGAAGGAGAAGCGGAAAGCGAAGAAUGCUCGACCAAGCAAGAGGAGAAAGUAA